CAGCAGCAAACAGCUAAGAAAAAAAUGGGUUAGCAGCAACUGCCAUAUCUAUUUACCUUCAGCUUACCACGCUCUGUCAGCUGGCCGACUAAAAAAAUUCCCAGACAGCCCACGUUUUCUCGUUCGAAAAUUGUUGCCAACAUUUAUCCACAUUUUAUUUCAUCCAAUUGUUUGUUACCGGCGGUGACAUAUUUACUACUGGAUCCCAUAGAUUGAGAGGGUUUUAUGCAUUCCGACUGCACUCGUGCCAAAAGUCCCAAAACAACAUGAACUAACCAGCUGAAAUAAAGCUCAAGCUCAGAUAAUCAUGGCGGAAAAAGGGAGCACCAAAAGGAAAACUUUCGGCCGCAGCGCCUCCACUGAAAGCACCGAGUAUUCCUUAAGUAUGGGAAGAUCGGUGAGAAAGAAGAAGCCGAAAGAACGAUGGCUAUUGACGAGGAAGACUUGGAAGUACAUGGCGGAUGCUGGCCGGAAACUCAUCCCAGAUGGGGCACGAAACUGUGUCGAGGACAUCCCGAAGAUCGAGGCGCAUUUCCAGGAGCUCUGCAGAAAAGAACCCAAAUUUCUGCUCUGGAGGAAAAACUCCUAUCCAGGAGCCAUCGGCUUCAGGAAAAAACGCAAGCGUGCCUCUAGGAAAGGAGGCAGCUGCAGAAAGGCCAUAUCGGAGGCAGAAGUUGACUUUCUAAAACCAGAGCGUCCAAAGGACUUGCUGUUGGAGCCCAAAAAUCAAGGCAAGUUUGACUUGAAGAAAAUGCGCGAAGACUUUUUGAGCACCCCAACUCCCACAGACGACAACGAGUUAAGCACUAUUCCGUCCGCAUCUUCGCCACCCCAGCAGGAAAUCGAACUAGUCGCAAUGUUGGAACAGUACUUGAAGCUAGCAGAUACUCCUUCCGCGUCUAGGACUGCAGCUGGGGACUUUAACUACGAAGAACUAGUGAAGAGACUGCAGAAGCAUCUGAGUUUGGCUUCAAGCCGCACGAGCUCACCCUCAGGGCGUUCUAGUGGGGACGCCCAUCUGUCCCCCAAUGUUUCCCCAUAUUCCAGCCACCAAUCCUUGCAUAAACCCCAUGUGAGUUUCCAAGGGGACAGCGUGCAAAGGACUCUAACUGAUACACUCUCCAGAUACUUUGGACACUACACAAACAGAGACAAGGUGAUUUCUGACUUGCUCACAGACAGAAAGGCGCUGGAAAAGCUCUACUUCGACCUGAGGAAGGCCAAGGGCUUCAGAGGCAGCAGAGGAGGCACUGGAUAUUCCAGCAGUGGCUUCGAUUCGCCUUCCAGAAGAUAUGAUGGAUACAGCGGAUAUUCUAGAGACAAAAAAAGUGACGGCUUUUACUCCAGGCAUCCUCCUCCAUUGAUAGAGAUCGAAGCUGAAACCAUAGAAAUCACUUAUAGAGAUUGGGGAACGCAAACCUACCCAGUGCCAGAAGGGGUGCUUGCUGAAUGCGAGAAGGAGUUUAGGAAAAAACAGGCAGAAGAAGAGGAGGAAAAUCGGGAGAAGGAGUACGGUAUCAGAAGAAGAUCCAGCGUCGACAAUGACGAUGUCUCUCAAAGCGUCUCGGACACCAUUAAACGGUACCUGAGAAUGGCCAGGAAGAAGAGCGUGGACUCUGAAAAAGCGGUGGGGUUCAAGCGAGUCAACUACGACAGGAAUCUGCGCAACAUUAAGGCAAAGGGCGAAAUAACCAAGCCAGGGGAUGAUGAUGGCUUGAACAAGGGCUGCCAGACCAACGAUGAAUGGAUUCUCACUUAUCGGGACCUAAAAAUGGCAGAUGUUUACGACAUUUCGGACGAUAGCAGAGUGUCCAGUGCUCGCAGUAGUAUUGAUAUCGAUGUCUUUGAACGAGAUGGAGUUAAGAGCAGUCCGAGCAGUCCUCCUAGUGUUAAAUCGGGCAGUCAUGGCUUUUUAAGCCACUUGCUGCAUGGUAGCAAGCACGAGCAUAAGGAAAAAGCAGUAACGGCCACGGCUAUGCAGAAAAGCAAGUCGUCCUCCAGUGUUAUGCAACAGGGCAGCAUGGUAGCAAAGAAGAUUUUCCGGUCACGAUCUAAGAGUCAGACCAGACCUGCCCAAACGCCCUGUACUUGGACCAAUCGGGGCAGCUGCGUUUGGAACAGUUUGUCUGGACGGCAGGUGAUUCUGCAAGACACCGACUUGUUGCAUUUAAGUGAAGUGGAAAGAAAAGUGCUUCAGAAAGUGGCCAUAGCAAAGCUGCAGGCCUUAAAUUUAGGAGUAUGUGUGAAAGUUCCCACUGAAAACAUUGGCGCAAUCCCAACGAAGAAACGAAGGCCGUAUCUUCUGAAGCGGAAGGCUUUGACUACCGGAAUCUUCGAUAGUGGAAGGAAGGACGUUGAAAAAGAUGGCAAUUCAAGUGCUAAUUUGGUAUUCGGCAUUCCAUUAACCCAAUGCGUGGAAAAUGAUAGAUUAAGAGGAUCAGGCAGAUCGGAUUUGGUGAGUUCCAUGGAAGAAAGAAGCAACAUGGCCCGGCACGGAUCCAGAGCCAGUUUCAGUUCGCUAAUCGAUUCACCAAGAGGAGACGAGACUGGCUCAUGCGAAAGUCUAAUGGGCCGGGAGCGAAUAGUCGGUUCAGUGCCAGGACUUCUGGACGCCCUUUCCUGUUCAUCUGCUGCGGAUAUUCCGGGAGCAAUCAACGACGAUGAAUCGGUAUUAGUCCCAAAUAUCCUGAGCGAGUGCAUAAGGCAUUUGGAGCAACACGGGCUGCACACUUUUGGGAUUUUCAGAGUCAGUGCGUCGAAGAAACGGCUGCGGCAGUUGCGGGAGGAUUUCGAUAGCGGCAAAGAGACCACCAUUGACGACAGCCAAUGUCCUCAUGAUGUAGCCAAUUUACUCAAGGAGUACCUCCGGGAGUUGCCCGAUCCACUUUUAUGCAGAGAUCUUUAUCAUGCCUUUAUCCAGACACAGAGGAUAAGAAAUAGAAGACUUCAGCUGGAAGCCCUGCAACACUUGGUGCAACUGUUACCAGCUGCAAACCGCGACACUUUGUACGCAUUGCUCAGUUUCCUGGCUCGUGUGGCUGAAAACGCCAAUGAUCGAAAAAACGCACUUGGCGAAGAGCUGGUUGGCAACAAAAUGGACUCCAACAACUUGGCCACAGUAUUCGCUCCAAAUAUCCUCCACUGCAUCAAACCGGGCUCGAAAGACGUACCAGACCGAUCAGAAGAUCGCAUUGAUGUCAUCAAUGUGGUGCGGACUCUCAUCGACCACUGCAAAAACAUUUUCGCCCUCCCUGCUGAUCUGGUUGAUGAAAUUUACUUGCACAUGACUGACUCCUAUCCGGAAGCUCUCGAACAGAUCCUGACCAAAAAAGACGCUGUAGCGGCCGCAGAUGAGUCAGUGGAUGAACUGGAUUCUGAGCCAAAUUCAGCUCCUUGGACCCCAACGCAUCCCACCUCAGAAGUCUCAACCGAAUACGCAUUCGAUAUCAAAUCUGAACCAAAGAAAACGUACUCGCGGGAGGAGUUCUUGCAUGAAACGGCCGCCACUGGAGGCCCCAAUGUUGGCAUGAGAGUGAGGCACAAGGACAAAAUUCGAGAGCGCAGCCUGAGACGGAAGCGCGAGAAGUACGAAGACGGCCUUCUAUCGAGAAUCCGCAGUUCGCCAAGAGAUGAAGAUGCGUACAAGGGAAGAUCUUCGUCUUUGGAAAGUACCAGUUCUGCCCAUACUGAGGACGUUAACAGAGUGCUCAGGAUGUCCGAUGCUGAUCUGCACCAAAGACGCAAAUCCAGCCCUUAUGUCCUUGAUAAUACUGGCGUUCUUACCGCCAGUCUGACCAUCCCUGUUCAAGCCGGAAUUUCCUAUAAUGUUGAUGAUGACAUUCCUUAUAUAGAAGAAGUGGAAAACGGAAGACAUCACAUGACGAUCGGAGUGAUUAAAGGAUCAGUGCUUCCUCAGAGGAGACGAAACACCUCGGUUGGAAGUGAUUCAUCGAUAACUUCCAAUAUUCAGCCAGUCACAGGGUCGUUGUCUCUAGGUCAAGGUUAUGACUCAGCUGUGGGGUCUUCUGCACCAACCACCUACUCUUCACCACUCCAAAAUACACCAACAUCAGUAUCUUCAAGCAUAGCAGACCAUGGGCACUUCUCCUCGCCUCCUAGCUGGACCAGCAGCCCGCCUACGUCACCUGAUAGUGUGCACACUUCAGUCAACUACAUCCCUGAUGAUGUGAAUGUGCUGAAACCGGCACCAAAAGACCGUAGUAUGAUGAAAGAGGCUCCGAUUAUCCAGAAAGUGUCCUUCGCCCAAGGGCCCAGUCCUCAGACCAUCCAGAAAGUUCGUGACCUAAAGGCCAUGUAUGGGACUGGAUCGGAGAUCCUUAAGAGUUCCAGUGCAUCGUCGUUUCCAGAAAGAGAGCCAAGGUUCACUCCGAGCAUUACCAGCAUUGGAAAUGCGGUGCUGAAGUCGAAAACUGCGGACUUUGAGCGGAUAAUUCAUGAUGAGGCGAAGCCCAAAAUGGGGCAGGCUUCUGCAGCUGCAGCUCCUUCCAGCCCGAGUUCGACCGCGAACAGUGAGAGGGAUAAAAAGAAGUACACCAAAAGGAGAUACACUGAUUCCAGACACCCAACUAGACAUAUUCCGGACUCAGAAACGCUGGAGGCUGCGCCCAGUAAGAUAGAGCAGAAUCUUGCCCAGUCAGGGACGGCUCCAGGCCCAGUCUACAAGAGGAGGGAGCUAAUUUCUAGCGUCCACUCUAAAUGAGAGCGCUUGGGGAAUUAACCAUAAAAAUAUCUAGCCGGUUUAUGACGCAGUAUAUACCUCGCCGUGGAUGUUGUUGAUAUUAAUUUAAAAUAUUAUAUAUUUUUUUAAACAA